AGAAAAUCGGGAGUGUGGUGUGGUGCGCAGGCUAUUAACUUUGAACAGGAUGUCUGCUGAAUAUUUUGGCUUAGAUGCACAAUCGAGGUUUAACUCCAAAUGGCUGAAUACAGACUUGAAGGAAUAAAUGUGGGACCUACACGGGCAGCUGCUCUGCACUAAUAUCAAUGCCACUAGAUCUCUGGCACAAUUAUCAAUGUGGUUGGGCUGGGAGAAUUAAAGGCUUUCGACAUGAGCCAAGAUCGAGGAAAGUAUGAUUUCUACAUAGGUCUUGUGCUGGCCAUCAGCUCCAGCCUCUUCAUUGGGGGGAGUUUCAUCCUGAAAAAGAAGGGCCUUCUGCGCUUAGCUCGGAGUGGCUCUAUGAGAGCAGGACAGGGUGGCCAUGCAUAUCUCAAAGAAUGGCUGUGGUGGGCAGGGCUUCUCUCAAUGGGAGCAGGUGAAGUUGCUAAUUUUGCUGCAUAUGCCUUUGCACCGGCUACUCUAGUGACACCUUUAGGAGCUCUAAGUGUGCUAGUCAGUGCCAUACUUUCUUCAUACUUCUUGAACGAAAAGCUCAACCUUCACGGUAAAAUUGGAUGUUUACUGAGCAUAGUGGGAUCAACGGUUAUGGUUAUUCAUGCUCCCCAGGAAGAAGAGAUUGGCUCUCUAAAUGAAAUGUCCAUCAAACUAGCAGAUCCAGGUUUUUUACUUUUCGCAACAGCGGUGGUUAUCGCCUCCCUUAUCCUGAUAUUUGUGGUGGGACCUCGCCACGGCCAGUCCAAUAUUCUGGUUUACAUCUCCAUCUGCUCAGUUAUCGGAGCCCUCUCAGUGUCCUGUGUUAAAGGUUUAGGAAUUGCUAUAAAGGGACUCUUUUCUGGAGAGCCUGUUCUUAGAAACCCUCUGUCGUGGAUUCUGCUGCUCAGCCUUAUUGUGUGUGUCAGCACUCAGAUAAAUUAUCUCAACAGAGCCUUAGAUAUAUUUAACACUUCUAUUGUGACUCCCAUUUACUAUGUCUUCUUUACCACCUCCGUUCUGACCUGCUCUGCCAUCUUGUUCAAGGAGUGGCAGCACAUGUCUGCUAAUGAUAUGAUUGGCACCUUCAGUGGCUUCUUAACCAUUAUCAUCGGGAUCUUUUUAUUACAUGCUUUUAAAGACAUUGUUUUCACCCUUUCAAACUUGCCUUUUUCUCUGAGGAAGGACGAGCGCACUUUAAACGGAAGCCUUUCUAACAAUAUCUACGAGCAUUUAAACGGUGACGAAGAGAGCGAGCUCAGUGACAGUGAGCUUCAUAUGACUGACACUUUAGCUUCCAGGAGGAAUGGGACUCUGGCAUCGUUUUAGUGGUAACUCUAUCUCCCCAUCUGGGGACCAGUAUGGCAUCUGCAAUUGACUCUCUUUGCCUUUUUAAGUGUUGCUGAAUGACUUCAGCCUGGAUCUUUUUUUUUAUUAUUAUUAUUAUUGCAUUGAUUCAAACUCAACCAUAUUUAAACAAUCGGUGAGGAACUGCUUGUGUAUUGUGGCUGCAGGGAGCACAAAGUGCAAAAUCUUGGACAGUGUUGUUUUUAUAACAAUCAACAAAUUGAUUAACCAGCGAUAUCUGUGCUUUGUCUCGGCGUCUUAUUUUUUAAUAACAUAAUGGGCGUUAUCAGAGCAGGAGAGUAUUGUGGUGGCGCUAAACGUAGAACCACGAGUACUGUACCAUGAGGCACCAGUGGAGAACCCCAUUAAACGCACCUGAAAGUUUUACUUUUAAGAUUUCUUUUGCAGUUCAUUAUUUUAAGUUUGAUUAGUUUGGACCUAGUCCAGUAAAUGGGGAUUUUAGUUUGCCUUAAAGCGACUUAAGUUAAAGGGAUACUGUCAUGGGAAAACAUGUUUUUUCCAAAACGCAUCAAUUAAUAGGGCUGCUCCAGCAGAAUUCUGCACCGAAAUCCAAACAGAUUUUUUUAUAUUAAAUUUUGAAAUCUGACAUGGGGCUAGACAUAUUGUUCGUUUCCCAGCUGCCCCAGUCUUGUGACUUGUGCCUGCACUUGAGGAUGGAAUUACUUUCUGGCAGGAUGUUAUUUCUCCUACUUGUAACUGUAACUGAAUCAGUCUCAGUGGGGCUUUUACUAUUGAUUGUUGUUCCUAGAUCUACCAGACCAGGCAGCUGCUAUCUUGUUACCUUCCCAUUGUUCUAUUGUUAGGCUGCUGGGAGGGGGUGAUAUUACUCCAACUUGCAGUAAAGAGUGAUUGAAGUUUAUCACAAGUCACAUGACUGGGGGCAGCUGGGAAAUUGACUAUGUGUAGCCCCAUGUCAGAUUUCAAAAUUGAAUAUAACAAAUCUGUUUGCUCUUUUGAGAAAUGGAUUUCAGUGAAGAAUUCUGCUGGAGCAGCAAUAUUAACUGAUGCGUUUUGAAAAAAAAAAAAGUUUUCCCAUGACAGUAUCCCUUUAAAGGGAUUCUGUCAUGAUUUUUAUAGUGUAAUUUUUACAGUGUACACUGCAAAUAAUUCUCUUUACCAUAUAACAUUUAAUUCAUAACCCAGCAAGUGUAUUUUUUCAGUUGUAAUAUUGGUGUGUAGGCAGCCAUCUCAGGUCAUUUUGCCUGGUCAUGUGCUUUCAGAAAGAGCCAGCACUUUAGGAUGGAACUGCUUUCUGACAGGCUAUUGUUUCGCCUACUCAAUGUAACUGAAUGUGUCACAGUGGGACAUUGAUUUUUUACUAUUGAGUGCUUUUCUUUUAUCUACCAGGGAGCUGUUAUCUGGUUACCCUCCCAUUGUUCUACUGAUCGGGGGAGGGAGGGGUGAUAUCACUCCAACUUGCAGUACAGCAGUAAAGAGUAGCUGAAGUUUAUCUGAGCACAAGUCACAUGACUUGGGGCACUUGGGAAACAGGCAAGAUAUCUACCACCAUGUCAGAUUUCAAAAUUAAAUGUAUAAAAAUCUGUUUGCUCUUUUGAGAAACUGGUUUCAGUGCAGAAUUCUGCUGGAGCAGCACUAUUAACUGAUGCGUUUGGGAAAAAAAAAAACAAUUUUUCCCAUAACAGUAUCCCUUUAAUGAAAAUUAUCUCCGAUUUUGCAUUUCUGCUAAUUGUAAGCAUGUGAGAUCGAACCCUUAUUUAAAUGCUAAAAAAAUGCACUGAACUUUUGAAUUGCUCAUAAAACAAUAAAUAAGAUGCUUAUAUCCGACCAUAGAUCUGUUUUAAUUCAGUUAAUUUCCAGUGUGGGUACAAUAUAACUUGGCCUUGAGUCCAUUUUUUUUCCUCAGAAACCUGCUGCUGGAAUUUAGCUCCAAUCCACUGAACAUCAGACCUUAGGGGCAGCAGCUAAAGGAUUGCCAAGUGCGGAUCUGUUGCCUCGGUAAACUAAUUAUUUGGACUAAUUACAAAUAUUUGGUGGGUACUACUGCUAAAGCGAUUACAUGGAUAAUCAGUGCUUACAAAUACAAGGUAUUACUGGGGCUUAGAUCAAGGCUUCCACUGGGGAAAGUGCUCUGCUUCUCACCCCCAUAACACCUUGGGACUUCCUUGAGUGAGUCAUU